AUGCCGGUCGUGACGUGGUGGGAGGGCGUUCGAAACAGCGCUGUAGUUGUGCUUAUUCAGGUGAACGAGUCGGAAUGCUCCCCACCCACAUGCACCUGCAUUCCUAAAGACAAGGAAUGUUACAUCAGGAACUACCAAUUUGAACUAGAUGACGACAAGAUGAACAACUCACUUGGAACCCACGACUUUGACUAUUACUUUGUCAUAACAGUCACAAAUAAUGCCAUGUUACAGACACAGACGACAUUCCAGGUGACAGUUGACGCCAGCCCCCCACUACCCGGCCAUGUUCACGACAGUCUUCCCGGUGAGACAGACACAGACUACCAGCAGGACGUCAUCAUACAGGCAUCAUGGGAAGGGUUCUUUGACAGAGAAAGUGGCGUCAUGUUUUACCUGGUCGCUAUCACACAGGAAUGCCUUACCCUGGAGAUCAUGGCAUCAACUGGCAACGAUUCUUUUAGAACGAAUACGACUUCUACUUACGUCACAUGGGAGGCACCACAUCCGGGCACCUACUACUGCACUGUUGUGGCCUUCAACCGUGCUCUGGAGCCGUCAGAACCCGUAUGUUCAGACGGUGUGACUGUAGACACCACCCCGCCCGUGCUGAGGGAGGUUGUUGUAGAUAACGCACACUACAAACCGGGACUUCUUCAGGACGGAGAAGGAAAUGUGUGGAUGGUGGACAGGAAUGGGUACCGAUAUCCGGCUCCAACGUGUGGGAACAGGUCAAGAGAGGUAGAUGACAUUGAACUGUGGCCACUCUUACAACCUCUAAACAGCUCGGUGGAUCCUAAGGACAUUGAUGACAGCGACUGCCAUGUGUACGAGCCGCUGUCAACCAAAGCAUACUUGUCUCAAGAUAAUAAACUGACGGUCCAUUGGUACGGUCAAGACCAGGAAAGUGACAUCUAUGACUACGAGGUUGGGCUGAGCAGUACUGAGUCACCAGACGUUCCGGAUGUACUUCCGUUCAUAUCCACAAACUCCCGUCCGCACUUCAGCACCUACCAUCCCAACCUGGGGGAGGGAAAACAGUUCUACCUGGUGAUAAGGGCCAUCAACAGGGCGCAGAUGGCUACCACUAAGGUCCUCGGCCCAUACAUAGUGGAUGUUACACCGCCGACAUUUUCUGGUCAGAUAAAAGUGAGUCUUGAACAGCAGGAUAAACAGCAGAUGCUGGUGGGACGAUGGGAGGAAGACGCGUUCUUUGAGACAGACGGGGAUGAUGCUCUUAUUACGUAUGAGUUUGCUGUUGGCCACAGCCCUGGGAGCUCCGAGGUGCACCCCUUCACACCCCUGCCGGCCACCGGUAAUGACCUGUGUAACGUUACCUUCCCACCUGUAUGCGUGUCCGUCCCCGUGUCAUCUCUGGACUGGCAGCUCCACGGGACGCACACGUACUACCUGUCUGUCCGUGUGGAGAACACGGCUGGGCUCAGCCUGGUCGCCUCGUCAGGACCGUACGUACAUGUUAUAGACUUACCGUCCAGAGGAGUCGUCAUGGAAGUGUCUGAUGCACAACGGGAGGCUUCUGUGUUUGGGCACGAGGGAGACAUUGACUUCCAGAACACCACCGAAGAGCUCCACUGUGAGUGGCGAGGGUUCAGCCAUCCACAUCUUACCGUGACGUAUCAGGUUGGUGUGGGCACAACACCAGGUGCUGAUGACGUCAUUACUUUUGCUGAUGCAGGAAUUGAGACGCAUUUUUCGUGGACACAUCUACAGCUCCAGAGGUUUCAGAUGUAUUACGUCACAGUCAUAGCCCUGACUGAAGCAGGAAAUACAUCUGUGACGUCAGACGGAGUGCGGGUCGUACUAGAUGAUGACGUCAUCAACGGUACAAACGUUUAUGAUGGACAAGAAUGCAAUGCACCUGGCUAUAACAUUACGUUUUCCCACCACGCCGGUUUCCCGUAUGGAGACUGCGCUGAGGACAUUAACUAUCAGGCUUCAACAACAGCCGUCGGCGCUCAUUGGUCGAUUACAGACGACAUACGGCCGUUUGUCCGCCAUAUUGAAUGGUCUCUUCAGCGAGAAGAUGUGAUUAAUGGUGCCACUGUCUGGGAGCAGGUGACUGACUUCAGGAAUGUACAGCUGUCACCUGAAGCCACCUGGACCUCCCUCAGUCUGACGAGUGGAGACAAAUACCGGUCUGUGUUGAGACUGUGUCAUACAGCUGGAUGUUUCAAGCCGUUGUUCAGUGACGGAUUCCGGGUUCUACACGACCCUCCCAUCCCUGGCCAGAUCACAGACAUCAGCUACAACAGCACGGCUGGCGUCCUGACGUUCACAUGGGAACGGUUCACACACGGUCACAUGACACCUGGGUCCGACAGCUACAUGCUCGGGUACGAAUGGACGCUCACCAGUGAGAUGUCAUCACGGCCUGCUAAACAUGGUGACGUCAUUCUGCCAUGGCAAGCCAUUGGGCACCCCACACAGACAGGCAGUAAGCUUACCUGCACGGUGACGUUUGACCAUCCCCUGGACUUCACCCACUGCCUGCGUCUGCUGGUACGAGGCUACAACAAGGCGGGGCUGUCCUCCAGCUCUAGCCGGGAUGUCAUCAACUGUGACACCGACAACCCGGCAGACUUCAGCACGCCGAUUGUCAUCGAUGCAGUGGGCGAGUACGACCAACUGUCUUCCAACAAGACAAGUGACAUAUUCUUAGAGACCAACCAAAGAUGGUCGUCGCCUGACAAAGAGUUCACCCCAGCUUCUACCAAACUGUCAGCUGUCUGGCCGACAUUACGUCAUGGUCUGUACAACUGGAAGGUCAUCUCUGCAGACUCCAUACGUCACUGGGCUUACGUCACUUCCCAGCAUGCUCUGCGCUACUCGGACUACGAGUGUGACAGUCCAGAGGUGCUGGCCUGUGGCACAUCAAAGGAUAAUUUCGUGAACGUACCUGGUCUCCAACUCCACCACGGACGGCGGUACCACAUCUGUAUCCACGCCGACAGGACAGUCCUGCAGUUUGAGACGUUUGAGCAGACCCUGGCUGAAGUAGACACCUGUUCUAACGGUAUCACUGUGGACCUGACACCGCCCUUACCUGGACAGGUGUGGAUCAACAGGAGGGACCGGGACUUUCAGACGUCAGUAUCCGAACUGUACGUUUUCUGGGACUCGUUUGUUGACGUGGAGGAGCACGGGAUGUCAUCUCACCACAGCGGCAUACAGAAAUAUGAACUGGCAAUAGGGUCUUCGCCUAGUGGUGUAGACAUCCAGGACUUCAGAGAUCAGGGUGUAACUAACAUGGCCGCCGUGCACAACCUUCAUCUACAGCAGGGGCACACGUAUUACGCCACAAUCAGGGCAACCGACUACGUUGGAUUCUCUGUGACAAGUGUAUCACAAGGUGUGACCAUUGACGUCACCGCUCCUAUGGUAACGGAUGCCAAGAUUGACGUCGGUGGCCGUUAUCAUCUGUCUACGUCAUCAGUGACGGCGAGAUGGGACGGCGUUUUCCUGGACCCCGAGAGUGGUAUAUCUCACUACGAGUGGAGUGUGGGGUCCGGCCCGGGUCAUGCUGACAUCAUGCCGUUCACACGGACGGAGUCUGAAGAAGCCGUGUCAGACCCAGCACUGGAUCUACAGCUGCAAGAGGGACAUGCCUACUAUGUGUCUGUUAAGGCGUAUAACGGAGCAGGACUGUCAGUGAUCGCGGUAUCAUGGCCGACUGUAGUGGAGAGCUCCCCGCCUGAACCUGGGGUUGUCUAUGACGGGGUUCCAUCAGCGCAUCACCAGGACGCAGACUUUCAGGUACGUUGA